AGGAGCAGGUCAACUACAUCGAUCAGAGAGAUUAAAAAGCCGGCAGGAGCGGAGGCUGACAUUUAUAAACGAAACAGCUGAGUGUUUAAUGUUCACACGCUGCUGUACUCAUUCACAGUUUGCUUACUUUGUGUAGCCGUUUGGCAGUUUGGCUCGUCAACAACGUAAACAAGCUCCAAACACUUGGCUGUCAGCUAUCAAUAACCAGCCAUGGCUAUCGAUAAAUCCAAAGUGGCUAUCGGGUUCAUAGUGGCGGGGGUCCUCACGGUGUUCUUUGGGACGCUGCUGACUUUUGUGGGACCCAUAAUCAUCGAUGAUCAGAUAGUGAAGAACACAGUGAUUGACCCGAAGAACAAGAUGUCCUACACCAUGUGGAAGGACGUCCCUGUGCCAUUCUACAUGUCUGUCUAUUUCUUCAACGUCCUCAACCCUAAAGAGAUACUGAAGGGAGAGAAGCCCAUGGUGGAACAGAAAGGACCCUACGUAUACAGAAAACGCAUUCAGAAAGACAACAUCACGUUUCAUUCCAACGGCACAGUGUCCUACAGGGAGUACAGAAGAUACUUCUUCGAGCCGACCAUGUCUUCAGGGAACGAGUCCGAUGUUGUCACGAUUCCAAACAUGCUGGUGCUGGGUGCAGCAGUGAUGAUGGAAAACAUGCCCUUUGCAGUGCGUUUAAUGAUCAGUGCAACAUUCAAGACUUUCAAAGAGGGGCCCUUCCUGACCAAGACAGUAGGGGAGCUGAUGUGGGGUUACGACAGUGGUCUGGUUGAUUUCCUCAAUAAAUACCUGCCCGGCAUGCUGCCCUCAUCGGGGAAGUUUGGCCUGUUUGCUGAGUUCAACAACUCCAACACCGGCCUGUUCACCAUCCACACCGGACAAGACGACAUCAGGAAAGUCCACAAAGUUGACUCCUGGAACGGCCUGACGGAGCUGCCCUACUGGAGGACUCCUCAGUGUAACAUGAUCAAUGGAACAGCUGGACAGAUGUGGCCUCCCUUCAUGACCAGAGAGAGCACUUUACCCUUCUACAGCCCCGACGCCUGCAGAUCUAUGGAGCUUGUUUACCAGCGUGAUGGAGUGAUGAAGGGUAUCCCUCUGUAUCGAUACGUUGCACCCAAGACCUUGUUCGCCAACGGGACAGAUUACCAACCUAAUGAAGGCUUCUGCCCCUGUAGACAGUCCGGUCUGCUCAACGUCAGCAGCUGCAGACACAACUCUCCAGUCUUCAUCUCUCAUCCUCACUUCUUUAACGCUGAUCCGGUGCUGCUGGACUUCGUGCAGGGCCUCCGUCCAUCAGAGGAAGAGCACGGCCUCUUUAUAGACAUCCACCCACUCACGGGCGUCCCUCUAAAUGUGUCCAUCCGCCUGCAGCUCAACCUCUACAUGAAGAAAGUGUCAGCGAUUACAGAAACUGGCAAGAUUUCUGAGGUGGUGAUGCCAAUGAUCUGGUUUGAGGAGAGAGGCUACAUAGACGGCCCCAUCCUCACCACGUUCCACACAAACCUGGUAGUCCUACCUGCUGUGAUGGAGUACAUGCAGUACGGCUUCAUCACCCUCGGCCUGGCCACGAUAGUAAUCGCCGCCCUGAUGCAUCACAGACUGAAGAGGUCUCGUACAAAUGUGGAAAUGAUUUCCACAGGAGUGGAGAACCCUGGGGCCUCCGCUAAAGAACGAGUAAAAGGCGCACAUUACCACGAAACAAAGGAGAAAUGUAUCAAAUAACUCAGAGAGGUAAAUGUGAAGGUGGCACCUCAACAGAUGGAAACAAGAGCACUUCAACCGAAGAGAGAGAACCUCUACUAUGACAUGACAUGGACUGACAAACGCACACACACACAAGCACACACAGAGCUGGCAUUGUGCAUUCACUGAUUUGCCAACUUUAUUCCACUAUCUUGAACUGGAACACUGAUACAUGGUGCUCUGCUCGGUAUAUUUCAAAGAGACUUGCACACAAGUGAAGUGAUGCCAUAUUUUAGUAUUCUGUAAAGUUGAUGACACUCAAAGACUCUCUCCCACUUCUUUAAGUGUGUUUGCAUUGAGGCUGUUUGGGUUGAGACUGUUCUGUCUCCUUAAGGCAGGACAUGUGAAGAUGCUCUGUCACUUAAAAACACUUUUUUUUUUUUUACUAAGUUCUACCAAAAACAGACAUUUCCAGCGUGUUAAUUUUGCUCUGCUCAGUGUUCGCUGAUCAUCAGCAUUGAUCUGAAACAUUUUAUAGUUUUAUCACUUCAUCAAGGGCAGUAGACAGUUACUGUGGUGGCUUUUUGUUUUGUUUUGUUUUUUUUACUGUGAUUUUAAAGAAAUGUUUCUGCAUCAACAACAAGGGAACUUAAUGGGCAGAAAAGCUGACUGUAAGGUGUACUGUAUUUUACUACCAGUGUGCCUUCCUCAAGGUGGAAACCUCUUUAUCCAACUUACCUCUGGGUCCUUGUAUUUCAUGUGCACUGUAGGAGUUGAAACUGAAGAAUCAAACACUCCUCUGUCAUAUAGUGAGUCGAGCAGAGCGGACGCAUUCCUGUUUGUAUACUACUGUCUUCUGUAAAGGUGUGAAUGUAUUUUUUGAUGCAGUUUGGUGUCAAAUGCCUCCUUUAUUAUAAAUAAGUGAAUGAAUGAAGAUUAACUUGGAGAUAAUAAAUGUUCCAUUGUUUAAAAUACUGUUUAUGAACGUGUGAUUUCGCUUUCCUGUGAGUGUCUCAACUGUUCCAUCUGCAAAUAAAAUAAAAAGUGUUUUUGACAAACAUUGCCAGCCGACUCAUGUGGGCCGACAGGUAGGGAAACCACCGGCAGGCAUCUAUUAUAGUUAUUACACUGUUAGUCACGGUGUUCCUGAAGAUUAAAGCGAGGUAUUUAAAAUCAAAA